CGCCAUCCGCCGUGUUAUGGGCAACAGUUCUAGCAGCCACCAUCGCAAGCACCACCACCACGACAACCAGCGCCGCCCCGACAGCCGCUACGCCUCCUACUCCGGCCCGCUCCCCCGCCCCGCUCACUCCGCGCCUGCCGGUCCCGCGUAUUCCGGACCCGCUUAUUCCGGCCCCGCGUAUUCCGGUCCCGCCAGCCCCGGCGCCGCGUGCCAGCACCACAGCGGCGGCGUCAGCAGCAGCAGCGGCGGCGGCGGCGGCGGCGGCGAGUCGUACAGUCGCAGCAGCUCGUUCGGAUACUCGCGCGCGCUGCAGCAGAAGUACGGCAUCAUCCCAGACACCUUCCGCUCCAUCGCGCAGGUGCAGGAGAAGCUGCGGGAGGUGGGCUUGGAGUCGAGCAACCUCAUAGUGGCCGUUGACUUCACCAAGAGCAACGAGUGGACGGGCAAGCAGAGCUUCAAUGGGCGCUCACUGCACGCAAUAGCACCAGGUGCAUCAAACCCGUACGAGCAGGCCAUUGACAUCAUUGGCCAGACGCUCUCCGCCUUCGAUGAGGACAACCUCAUCCCCUGCUACGGCUUCGGGGAUGUCUCAACGCAUGACAAGGCAGUGUUUGCGUUCAACGAGGGGCAGCGGCCGUGCAACGGCUUUGAGGAGGCGCUGCAGCGGUACCGUGCCAUCGCCCCCCUCGUGCAGCUCUCAGGUGCCAUCGCCCCCCUCGUGCAGCUCUCAGGUGCCAUCGCCCCCCUCGUGCAGCUCUCAGGUGCCAUCGCCCCCCUCGUGCAGCUCUCAGGUGCCAUCGCCCCCCUCGUGCAGCUCUCAGGUGCCAUCGCCCCCCUCGUGCAGCUCUCAGGUGCCAUCGCCCCCCUCGUGCAGCUCUCAGGUGCCAUCGCCCCCCUCGUGCAGCUCUCAGGUGCCAUCGCCCCCCUCGUGCAGCUCUCAGGUGCCAUCGCCCCCCUCGUGCAGCUCUCAGGAUUCCUCUCCCGCCCCACUUUCCCUUUCAACCCUUUCUCUCCCCCUCUCCCCAUCCUCUCCCCAUCCUCUCCCCAUCCUCUCCCCAUCCUCUCCCCAUCCUCUCCCCAUCCUCUCCCCAUCCUCUCCCCAUCCUCUCCCCAUCCUCUCCCCCAUCCUUACCCCGUGUGCGUCCGCGCAGGUCCCACGUCGUUCGCCCCGGCGAUAGAGGCGGCGGUGACGGCGGUGGAGGAGAGCGGCGGCCAGUACCCCGGCCAACCCUGUCCCACGUCGUUUGCGCCGGCGAUAGAGGCGGCGGUGAGGGCGGUGGAGGAGAGUGGCGGCCAGUACCACGUGCUGCUCAUCAUUGCUGAUGGCCAGGUCACUCGCAGCGUUGACACGCCACCAGGAGUGUUCAGCAGGCAGGAGCAGGCCACUGUUGACGCCAUUGUUGCUGCCAGCAACUACGCGCUGUCAAUAGUGAUGGUGGGGGUGGGGGACGGCCCGUGGGACACGAUGGAGGAGUUUGACGAUGCUCUGCCGCAGCGCAACUUCGAUAACUUCCAGGAGUUUGACGAUGCUCUGCCGCAGCGCAACUUGGAUAACUUCCAGGUGGGGAUGGGUGGGCAUGGCAUGUUUGUCAACUUCAUGAGGGUUAUGGCAUCAUCACGCGUACCGGAUCAGCGCACAUCACUCUCUCAACACUCAUGGCCAUGCCUCUCCCCCCCUCUCCCCCCCUCUCCGCCCCUUUCCCUCCCCCCACAUCAGUUUGUCAACUUCACGAGGGUCAUGGCAUCAUCGCGUGCACCAGAGCAGCGGGCGGCACUCUUUGCCCUCUCUGCGCUCAUGGAGGUGCCUCAUCAGUACCGCGCCUGCACCGAGCUGGGGCUGCUGGGUCGCCCCAUGGGUCGCAUGCCACCAUCAGCCCCCAAGGAGCCCCCUCCACGCGUGCGAGCAGCAGAUGCUGCAGCCGCCCAAGCUGCAUCCCUCGCUGCUGCCAACAUGCCCCCGCACCUCAACCCUAAUAAUCUCAACCCAUCUGACUUCAACCCCGGCACCACUCCUAACCCCUUCGGAAACUUCAUGGACGCCCCUGCUGCUUAUGGCUAUGGGGCUGGCAGCUCUGCCACACCCACAGGCGCUGCUGCUGCUGCUGACUCUGCGUCGGGCUCUGGUGGUGCGUCAGCAGCGGGAGGGGGGACGGAGUGCCCGGUGUGCCUCAUGUACCCCAAGAACACUGCCUUCCAGUGCGGCCACCAGACCUGCGAGGAGUGUGGCAAGCAGAUGAACAAUUGCCCCAUAUGCCGUGCACCCAUCACCAUGCGCAUCAAGCUGUACAGUUAA